AUGUCUUUCUCAGAUUCAAGUCAAGACUACUCUCAGUAUGUGCAGUCCAAGGUGUAUCAGCCAAUCAUGAGCUCUCUCAAUGAUGAUGGGCUGGCAAGGCGUGUUGAAAAACUGGAGCGUGACAAUGCUAUCCUAGACAGGUACAUCCAGGACCUCUACAAAAAGAUGUCUAAUAGUACUGGAACUCAGUCUGAAAACCACACUCCUUCAAAAGCCAUGGCUGAGCUAGAGUUUAGACUUGACAAAAUCGAGAAACUACUAUCUUUACAAGCUAUUGGCAGAAAAUUUGGCAAAGAAAAUCAGGAUAUUAACCAGGAUUACUUCAACCGAUGCCAGAGAAUAAGUAGUGAUUAUGCUCAACAACAGGUCAGACAUGAGGACCUAGACAGGCUUGAGACCAAACUUGUCAAGCUCAUGAAGACACAGGCUGAAGAUAUUGCUGUUGAUGUCACAGACCUUGAGAAAUACACCCAACGCGUCGACAGCAAGCUUAGGAAUUUCUGACUUGAAGAUCAUGUCACACGCAAAGAGUUUCACCAACUUGAGAAGAUUCUUGACAAGAAAAUUGAAAUAUCAACAAAUUUAAUGGAGGGUGUUCUGUCCGAAGCAAGAGAGAUCAUCUCUAAGGCAGCUACCUUGAAAACCAGAUUUCCCGAAAAGAGUGAGAAUAUGUCUCCUUCUGGCAGAGCAACAAACUCUGAGUACUAUUCACAAGAUAAAGUAGAACAUGGAUCUCCUUAAAAACUCUAUCUAUAGGCCUUACAAAGAGGAUAAUUCAGUGAUAAAGCCGGUUGCAAAAGUGAACAAGGAUCUUCUGCUAGGUACUUUUCUGCUAACAAGUCUAGACUCCAAUAAUCCUCAAAAAAUUAGGCUGAACAACUCGCUUGAAGAAAUUAGGACUUGUAAAGCCUCUGAUGCUAAUAACCUAUCAAUUUUUGAUGGCUCAGCAGCUAGGAACACCAAUAAAGCAACCCACAGUGGGAUGAGAAGCCAAUCAAAUCUACAACAUAGCCAUGAUAUUCGUCAGAGUUCAGAAAAAUUAGCUAAUUUUUCAGUUGAUAAUUAUGUCAAUCAAGAGCCAGAGCUACUGACUGAGGAUAUCUUACAAAUGUCAUAUGAGCAACAGAAAGAGAGCAAGCUUGGCCUUCCUGAUGUUGAUGAUGUGUAUAAUUUAAACAGCUACCAACUGUAUCCUUCCGAACUUGGAAGAGUGAACUACAAGAAUCCUGCAGGAAAUCUUAGACUUAAGCCAUCAUCUGCCAGGAUGAAGAGACAGAGCUCGAAUUCAAGAAUCAGGUCUAGCAAGGCUAGACUAAAACAAAAGGAUUUGUAUACCUCAGUCAAAAGGGUCAGAGAUCUCACAGAGAAGUGCCUCAAUGGGAUCCUGACUGGCUCUCGAACUUCCCAAAAACCUAAAAGAAUCACCAAAAAGAGGUUCAAAAAGAGUAAAUCUCAGCCAAAAGUGGGUAAAAUGCAGGCCAAGUGUAACAAGAAUUUGGAUAAACU